CUGUGGAUUUGCAACAGUAAAACUUUAAGGAUGUCAAAGGCCGGAGUUCUCCCACCUUCCACGGCACCACCCCCUAUACCCAUGUCCCCACCCCCAAAUGAGCAGAGUCCCAUCUCACCAUCCGCUCCCUCACGAUCCAGGAAGUCUAGGAGAAGCAUACAGAGCAGCGUGGAACAACUGGUGAUUGGCAACAUUAACUUCGCCAUUGAAAUGUAUCAGGAAAUCCUCAAGGACAAAAAGGGAUCUGGGAAUAUAUUCUUUUCACCAAUAAGUAUUGCCGCAGUGCUGUCUCUGUUGUAUGGUGGUGCCCGGAAUGAGACGGAGAAGGAAAUGGCAAAGGUGAUGGGGAUCGAGGGAAUCGACCAAAAACGUCUCCACUUGGCUUGGAAGGAUCUUCUCAACACGUUAGAAGAGUCCUCGUCCGACUACACGAUCCGACUCGCCAACAGGCUUUAUUCCAAUAAGGGGUUCAACUACAAGAGAGACUACAUGGAUCUGGUCAAUCACUGCUACCAGGCUGACUUGGCACAAAUUGAUUUUAAGAAAUACCCAGAACAAUCGAGAUUCGUGAUCAACGCAUGGGCGGAAUGGGAAACUGGACGCAAGAUCAAGGGGCUUAUCCCGGCUGGAGCAAUCUCCAAGGAAACCAUCCUGGUGUUGGUCGAUGCCAUUUAUUUCAAAGGGAAUUGGGAAGAACAGUUUGAUAUGAAGAAAACCAGGCGUGGAGAAUUCACCAUCCGCACAGGGAAAAAGAAGAAAGAAGAAAAGGCAACAAUACAGGUUGACUAUAUGAACCGCACGGGGAUAUACAAAGCUGGUUAUGAUUAUAAGGUAGAAGUUAGAGUCAUCGAGAUUCCAUACUUGAAGAACAUCCAAAGCAUGGUGAUCAUUCUCCCAACUCAGUACGACAGCCUGGACAAAGUCGAGGAGAAAUUAACCACGGAAUACUUGGACGCUAUUCCACAGCUUCUAGUAGAAUCGCGUAUCAAUUUACGUCUCCCCAAAUUCAGUAUGGGUAGAAGUGUGAAACUUCAAGAUCGACUCGCGGAUAUGGGCGUGAAAGAUCUGUUUGACAAGGAAAAGGCUGACUUGAGUGGAGUGACGGGAUCACGCGAAAUGCACGUGUCUAACAUGUUCCACAAGGCCUACAUUGAUGUAAAUGAGAGAGGCGCGGAACCUACGUCCACUCUCUCCAAUUAUGGCGCUGAGGAAUUCGAUUGCGACCAUCCGUUCUUUUUCUACAUCAAGGACAACCGUACUGGAGCUAUCCUCUUCAUGGGACGUCUGGAAAGACCUCUCAACUUUGCUUAACAAUCCAACUCCUCCUGCUUUACUAGUUUACCAGACCUUUCCCAUAUCUACUUGUUUCGUGUAGGCCUUUAAUUUGGAAGAGAAGUUGAAGGGUUGCGAUUGCGAUGAACCAAGCCAUAAUCACGGACAUGUAUCAUGUCAACUCAUGAGUCCUGACAGACAAAUCCUAGACGAAAGGAUUAUCAUCAUUCCAAACAUCAUCAUAUAACAACCAUUUUAUCACAUCAAAAACACUGACAUUAUUGCAACCUAUGCUGUCUCAGCUACAAGGGAGUCAUAAUGUCACUGUUCUGUUUUAAGUAUAUAGACAUAGACGCUCCAUAUUAUUUUUGUAUUUGAAAAUGCAAUGAAGGUCCACGGAGUUGUGUUUUAUUUAGUCACAAAAAUUUUGGACCAAAUCAAAAAUACAAUGCUGCCAUCUUUUUAACUUUAUCAUAAUUAUUGUAAUGUCCGAAGAGUUAAAAGAGUCAGUUUGAAGUACUCAAGCCUGACUGCACUAAUAGUAUAAUUAUUUGACCUGUGAAUACGUUUCAUGAUUGCCUUUUUACUCAAUCAUAUAUAUUAAAUAGAAACAUCACAAAGUGAAGGAUAUAUACAAAUGUAACACAAUUGUAACACAAGUGUGCCAUGAUAAAUAAAUAAA